AUGGGGCUCCAGGGACCCCACAGCUCCUCCCCAAAUUCUUGGGGACCCUCCCGUCCUCCUGAGGCCCCUCGGGCCCCACAGAGCCCCCAGAGCGCCCCGGAUCCCCCCCCAUUGAUUUUGGGGCCGCCCCAAAACCCCUCGGGCUCCCCGGGACCGCCCCAAGCCACGCCCACUCCGCGCUGGCCACGCCCCCACAGCGCGCACGCCAAUUACGUCACCGCGCCGCUGCGCGGCCACGCCCCCUGCGCCCUCCCACGGCCAUAUGUGGUGUUCGGCCACACCCCCAGAAGGGGCGGGGCCUGGGCGCGGGCGCGCGCGCGGGAUUCGAACGGCGCGCCCGGUAACGGCCGGAAAAGGCGGGAAAAGGAGCCCGGGAUCCACCGGGAGCGGAUUGGGAUUGGGAUCGGGGUCGGCUCCAUGGACACGUUCCAGUCUCCAACCCCCUCCUCCCGCCGGGACAAAGCAGAUGCCGGCGCCGUGUCCGUCACCAUCCCGGCCUCUCCCUUCAUGCAGAAGUUGGGAUUUGGCACCGGAGUCAGCGUGUACCUGAUGAAAAGGUCACCCCAGGGAUUAUCCCGCUCUCCGUGGGCCGUGAAGAAAAUCAAUUCCGGCUGUUCCCAGAGCCAGAGGAGCCUCUUCCAACGGAGACUCCGGGAAGAGGCCCAGAAACUCCGGAAACUGCAGCAUCCCAACAUCGUCGGGUACCGGGCCCUGACGGAGGCUCCUGACGGGAGCCUGUGCCUGGCCAUGGAAUUCGGGGGGGAGAAAUCCCUGAACGAUCUGAUCGAGGAGCGCCGGGAGCAGGGCCUGGGAGCAUUCCCGGCUCCCACCAUCCUGCACGUGGCCCUCAGCAUGGCCAGGGGCCUCCAGUACCUGCACACGGAGCAGCGGCUGCUCCACGGCGACAUCAAAUCCCCCAACGUGGUCGUGCGCGGAGCCUUCGACUCCGUCAAGAUCUGCGACGUCGGAGUCUCCCUGCCCCUGGAUGAGAACCUGGAAGUUCCAGAGCCCUGA